CUAAAUUUUCGAAAAUGGUCAACCGCAACUUCCUCCUCGGCGCCCUCGCGGCUGCCGCAACCACCGCCAUUGCCCAAGACUCCGGAUCAGAAAACAUCCGCUUCGGCAAUGCCUUCUCCCUCGGCGCCACAAACUCCUACAUCAUCGAAGCAGAAACCACUCUCUUUCCAGGCAAGACCCAAAGCGGCGACACCCCCCGCCUCGCCCUCUGGCCCGGUAUGGGCACCGACCAGAACCAACUCAUCCAAGCCAUCGUGUUGGGCUCCAGCGAUGCCCAAGGCGAACAAUGUGGAGGCAAACCUCACGUCAGCGGUGAAUGGUGUGCUUUCGCCAGCGCUCUGCAAGAUGACGUGCAACUCCAAGGCGACACAUUCCCUGUGAAGUCGAACCAAGGCGUCAAGAUUCACUACAAAUACGACGAAACCUCUGGCAACACCACUCAAACCGUGUCUGUGGAAGGAAAAGUCGUCUCCACACUCAGCACGAAAUCCGGCAAGGCUAUCGGCUUUGGCACCGCAGAGGAAGCCCAGAAUGAAUUCAAGGGUGUGGUGUAUGAGCAUUCGUACGUCAACACUACUGUCGUGCUCGCUGCUGCAGACGCGCAGUUUGCUUCUACGGUGGGAAAGACUGGCGCCACGGGUAACUUGGUCACCAAGGAUAACAAGACUUUCAAGGUUGACAAGAUUGUUAUUGCCGAGUAUAGCUUCCCUGCUAGCGUGUAAGGCGGGGAAAGGAGGUGGAAGAACUGAGAAGUGGAUAUGUUGAUCAAGGUUGGAGCGAGAGAGCAGAGUUGAUCUUGUAUCAUGGUAUCGUAGUGAUAUUGUAUUUAGGUG